AGGCGAGAAAGAGGGCGCUGCCGGUCGGUCGCACAAUGUCACGGAGGUCAACACGCUCAAUGUCCAGAGAGCUAUCCGAAGAUGAGGACAGGAAGUCGACCGCCAAAUCUAGAAUCUCCAAGGAGGACAAAGAAGAGGAGAGGGCAAAGAUCGAGGCAAUAGACGAAGAGCUUGACUUCCAUCAAGACGGCAACGACGACGAUGACGAGCAAGAGGAGAAGCAAGUCUUGGAUUUGCCCGAGACAAAAGUGGCUCCAGAUACAGUGUCUGCAACGCCAAAGGGCAACAAGCUCAGACAACUGCUGGGUGCCCUCUUCAGCAAGCUUCUCGUCGUCCUGCCACUCCUGCCUCCUCUUCUCGUUGUCGCCUCGUUCCUUCUGGCCGUCCUGCUACCGUCGCCGAGCAAACCCUUUGCACGCAAAGUCUACGUUGACGAGAAUGCACUUCAGCCCGGGGCGGCUGAUGUGUCGUGGGACUGGGGCGAGGUGCAAUGGGCAGACCAGGUGGCGAAUCGGGUCGGUUUGGUCGCAGACGACCGCUCAGAGAGACGUGCCGCCUUCCUCACCAGCGAGCUCCGGAGUCUCGGAAUGACGCCUUACAAUCAAUCCUACACAUUCACCCUCCCUGGUACAAAGCGUGCUUUCUCCACGCGAAACUUGCCGAAGGGUCUGUCGGGCAUCAAUACGUAUGCGCGGUGGCCAGCUGCGAGAGGUGACGGGAGAGAAGCGCUGGUCAUCUGUGCACGGUGGCGAAGCCAGUGGGACGGGACCGACGACCCUGAUGCCAAGGAAGAAGACCAGAAGAGUAGGGCAAGAGCAGCCCUGGAAGGUUCCAUGGACGACUAUGAGCGUUCCCAAGUGCGGAGGGCAAACGUGCGAGGCAUCACAACGGUACUUGCGCUAGCCCGUUUCCUCAUUGGGCACUCUCACUGGAGCAAAGACCUGAUCUUUGUUUUUGGCGAUGGCAAUUUGGACGGCAUCCAGGCGUGGACCUCAACCUAUUUCGCUAGGGGCCAGUCGAACCUUCAUACCGAGCGCAUACAGGAAUCAGGCUCGCUCAUUUGGAAUGCCAUGGCGUUCGACUACCCCUCGGACAGCUUCUCGUCGAUCGUCGUCCGCCACGAGGGCCUUGACGGCCAGCUGCCGAAUCUUGAUGUCAUCAAUACCUUGACGCGUGUGGCCGAGCGCAUCAAUGGCGUCCCCAUCGAGCUCUCCGAGUCCUCUGUGCCGCCAAGACCCUACCAGCGCCGCCUGGGCUCGCUGGGCGCCCUUUUGGAGGAGCAUCUGUGGGGCGACCGUGAUGGCGAAGCAAAGUACGUCGGCGGUCUCCUCAAUGUCUUGGGCCAGCUGCGCAAUCUCGUCGUGGGCCACCCCACUGGCGUUCACGGCCUCUUCCAUCGUUUCCACGUUGAUGCAAUCACCCUCUUUGCCAAGCCUGCUUCCGGCCCCUACGGAUUCUGGCACAUGGGAAGGGUGGGCGAGUCGAUGACAAGAUCCUUUUCCAACCUUCUCGAGCGAUUACAUCACUCGCAAUUCUUCUAUCUCGUCACGAGUACACAACUUUUCAUCGAAGUGGCAAAGUGCAUCGCCGUAGCGGUGCUUUUGGGUGCUGCUAUGACCAUCACCGGCAUAUCCAUUUGGCUCGACGAAGGGCAAAAGGCCCAGCAGAGAAGAAUUGCCCUCGUUGAACUGGCUCACGAGGUAGCCUAUGAGGAAAAGGUCGACCCUUUCAAUGGAGGAAACACCCACGAAAAGCCCAAUUUGCUUAAUGAGGAAGAGGAAGACGACGACGAUGUGCCUUUGGAACGACCCACAACGUCACAAUUUCUCACGGACCUCAUCUCUUCGUCUAUCCUCGGCGCAAUUCGGAGGGGACAAGUGCUAAGCUCUUCGCGAACGAAGGCACUUACGGAACUGCUCGACAUUCAAGGCCGACCGCUGCCCGGUACGCUGGCCGUGGUUGGUUGCUGCCAUCUGGCUGGGGCUGCGUGCUUUUGGCUGUCGAGCACGGCACCCAUCGACUGCGCCAGCCAGGGCCUGACCUUGUGUGAGCCCCUCCUGGCCGUCACACUGGUGACGCUGUUGGCAGCUGUCUCCAUCCCUCUCGCAGCUGCGUAUCAGACAAGGACGGUAGUUGGAAGGAUCAACCAGAGCUGUCACCCGAUUCUGUCGCAGUCAGCCACGUCACUCGUUACUUCGGCCACCUCGCGAACGGCGUCCUUGGCAAGAUUGCUGCAAGCAAUCACUCUUCUCCACGUCGGCAUCAUCGUUGUGGCAGCCAGCAUCGUCAACUUCUCCCUGGCGGCUACUACUGCCGGCCUCCUCUGCCUGCCACUGUGCUCCCUCCGGCUAGCGGUGGGGCCGCGUGGCCGAAAGACGAGCAGGUCCGUCACGCUCUUUUUCUACUCCCUCUCCCUUCUAUUCGUCUCUCCUGCAGGCCUCGUGUGGCUGUCCAAGGCACUCAUCGCAGUUUACAUGCGCUUCUCUUCGCCGUCCUCGCCUCAAACGCUGGUCGGUAUUCCCCUCACCGUAGUAGUCGAGAGGGUUGUCGAUGGAAGACUGUGGGACUGGCAAGUCCUCGGAGCCGCAUUCCUCCCUUACCUCUUCCUCGCAUACAUGCCCGCGGCGCUGCAGGCCUGUGUCGCUGCCGGCCUCGCCGCCGUGGCGUAGCACUAUCUUCCCCAAUGAUGAACAAGGGAAUCGCAAAUGGAGCAAUGAGAUUUUAUUGCUGCUUGCCCCGUCCGCAUCUUUCUAGGCUGCC